UCUAUUAAAUUGACGGCAACUUGAUCCGCCAGCUUCGCCGACAGGAGUUUUCGGAGCUAAGACGGUGGGAAUAAAUUAAAAGGUGAGAGAACAUGUAGGACGACGAAAACGCUAUAAAUGGGACAGCCCCAGGCCUGCCACAGCAUUGUUGAGAGAGCUUUUCCCCAUCCCCUCCUCUGUUGCCAUGAAGCCUUCGCUCCUGCUCUUCCUCCUCUUCUCAUGCUUCCAUCUUUGCUACUGUGCCCGAAGCUAUGAUGCAAUAUUUAGCUUUGGGGACUCCCUUUCUGAUGCUGGCAACCUCAUCGUCAAGAACCCCAGCCUUUAUCUCACCGCCAAGUGGCCUUAUGGCAUGACCUUCUUCCACAAACCCACCGGCCGAUGUUCCGAUGGACGCUUGUUCAUCGACUUCCUCGCCGAGGCGUUUGGGCUGCCGUUGCCUCCACCAUCUUUGAAGCCUGGCCAGGACUUCCGUAGAGGAGCAAAUUUCGCCACCACCGGCGGCACAGUGCUUGACUACGGUUUCUUCCAGCGAAGAGGUCUUACUAAAUCUAUAUUUACCAACGGUUCCAUGAUCACCCAGAUCUCGUGGUUCGAGCGGAUGAAGCCUUCCCUCUGCCGCACAACCCAAGGCUGCAAGAACUACGUCGGCAGAUCUCUCUUCGUCGUCGGAGAGUUUGGGGGGAAUGAUUACAGCGCUUUCUUGUUCUCGGGCAGGAGUUUGGCUGAAGUGAGAGCGAGUACGCCCAAAAUCGUGAAUGGCAUGGCAAAGGGUAUCGAGAGAUUGAUCAGCAACGGGGCUGUGGAUCUGGUGGUGCCUGGAGUUCUACCCAUAGGAUGCAUUCCAUUGUACCUGCAGCUGUACAAAAGUAAUGACAAAAAUGACUACAACAAGUACGGAUGCUUGAAGAAGUUCAACCGUGUGGCCUUCUACCACAAUCAAAUGUUAAAGAUCAAACUGCGACAUCUCCAGCAAAGAUACCCGCGGACGAGGAUCAUGUACGGAGAUUUCUACAAUGCAGCCAUGCAAUUUGUGAUAAAUCCGGGAAAAUAUGGAUUUAGCAAUGGGGCUCUGAAGGCUUGCUGUGGGGGAGGCGGCCCUUACAACGUCAAUUUAGACCACAGGUGCGGUCAGAAAGGGUCGAAUGUGUGCAAGAAUCCCUCCACAUUUGCGAGUUGGGAUGGAAUUCAUUUUACCGAAGCCGCUAAUCGCUACGUCGCCAACGGCUUGCUGCGAGGUCCCUACGCCAAUCCGCCCAUCAUGAGCUAGCUUUGAGGCCGCACGGGAUCAGGGGAAAACAAUUCGAGUUACUCGAUCUCGGAGAAGCAUCCCCUGUUAUUAAUCGUUUAUCUAUUUAUUUAUUGAUAUAGCUUUUCUUCAGGUCUAUGUAGUUUUUUUUUUUUUGGCAUUCGUUCAAGAAGAAUGUAAUCUAUUUGACCAAUAACGUCGUAAAUUGUUCGGUUGUCAGGAAA